AUGAAGCGCGGCGCUCUCCCCCUCAUGGCUUUGGCCGCUGGUGCUCUCGCCCAGGACACCACCACCAUCACCUACUCGGUGUGCCCUACCGCCACUACGACCACCAUCACCCUCUCCAACACCAUCACCUACUGCCCAGGUGGUUACUGCAACGUGACGCCCACUGGCACCGCCACUCCCAGCAUUACCGCGGCGCCUACCCUCCAGCCCGGCUGGAAUGACUACGGCUACGUGUCCAAGGUCCUCGCCAUCACCUUCACCGGCAAGGACGGCAAGGUCACCGAGCUCAACGAGUAUGUCACCGUCUACCCUGCGCCUUGCGCCAACGGCCCAGGCAUGUGCGGUGCCGAAUACACCAUCACCGAGGAGUGCCCGUGCACCGAGCACGGCAAGGGCCACAUCCCCAAGGACUUCACCACCACUGUCCACGAGUGCGACCGCUGCGGCCACAAUGGCGGCCCUACCACCAUCACUCAGACCAUUCCUUGCGAGACUGGUGCUUAUGCUAGUGUCGCCCCCAAGAUGGGCCCCUGGAAGGGUCGCAAGGCCGACGGCUCGGCCGGCGACUGGGACGAUGCUGGUGACUACGAUGCUGAGUGGAGCGACGCCAACGACGAUGGCAAGAAAUGGGGCGACUCUGAUGUUGCUGCUGAUGGUGCACCCAAGUGGGGUGAUGCCGCUGAUCCCGGUGCCGGCGCUGGUGCUAAGCCCCAGUGGACUGAUGCCGACGGCAAGCCAGUUGCCCCUGCCCAAGGCUGGAGCGACUCUGAUGGCAAGCCCGUCGCCCCCGCUACCGGUUCUGAUGGCAAGCCAGUUGCUCCCGCUACUGGUGCUGAUGGCAAGCCUGUCGCUCCCGCGGCUGCUGCUGGUGGCGACCCUGCUGCCUGGAGCGAUGCUGGUGCUGAUGGUGCGCCUGUUGCUCCCGCUACCGGUUCCGAUGGCAAGCCUGUCGCCGAUGCUCAGGGUGGUGCUGCGGCCUCUGGUGCCGGUGCGCCUGCUGACUGGAGCGAUUCGCCAGUGGCACCUUACACUGGUGCUGCCAACAAGGCCGCCCUUGCCCUGUCGACGGUGGUCGUUGGCGCUGUCGGUGCUCUCGCCAUGAUGCUAUAG